CGCCCGGCUGGCGGCUCGUUGCUGUGGCAACCGCAGUUUGCCGGGGCCUGCGCUCCAACAGCCGGGCCGGGCCUACCUGAGCGCGGGUGGCCGGGCAUGGAGUACACCGGCAGCUACUACCGAGGGGAGCGCGUCAACGGCAGGUUGGAGGGCAAGGGCUCUUACACCCUCCCAACAGAAACCAAGUAUGUAGGCGAAAUGAAAGAUGGGAUGUUUCACGGCAAAGGUGUUUUGCACUUCCCUGGAGGAAGCAAAUAUGAAGGGACUUGGGAAAAUGGAAUAUCCAUAGAGGGGAAAUAUACUUUUGCAGAUGGAUUGGAGUAUGAAGACAACAAAUGGCAUUAUUGUGAUGGCUAUGACAGAAGGUUUUAUACAGAAAUCUGCAGAGGCCUGAAGCCAGCAGGCAUUUCCCAGCUUACAAACCUGGAUCCUCCUCGGGUCAUCCCAGCAGGCUGCUAUGACUGUGGUGACGGCUUCUAUAACCCAAAAACCAGAGUGGUUGUUGAUUACCACCACCGGUUUCUGAGGAAUGCAGAUCAUGUGUGCAGGAAUAUCAGACUCAGUGGAAGGCAAGGCUGGCCCAAAACAUUUUGGCACCUGAUGCAAACCCCCCACCAGGGAAGAAGGGAUGAUGAUGAACAUGACUGGAUUGUUAGGACCUGUCGGAAAGGUUGGGACGAGAUCAUUGGUUUCAAGCCAAAGGAGUAAACCUCAUUAAGGAAAACAGAGAAACAGACUUCCCGUUGAAGCCUUCUGCUUCCCUGCUCAAGGACUCUGCACCUAUAAUUUCUCCAUUAGGGUAGUUUUUUGUUACCUUUGCUAACCAAAUAAGAUGUAAACCCCUCACUUCAUCAGCGGCAUUAAGAGGAAAUUGUGCAAAUAAUCACCCUAUAUUUACUAUAAUAUUCCCACAAGGUGUGCAACCUGGUAGGCUUUUUAUAGUCUAUAUUGUGAGCACAAAAGAAUUAACUCAAAAGGCUGCCUUGCCGUCUCUCAACACCAUAUUAUAUACCAGUUGCACACCCACCCACAAGCUACAGUGGAUCUUUCCCCUGCACUUGGAUAUUAAUUGGCUGUUGUAACGGCGAGCUCAGAAGCGACGGUUUUUAAUAACUGGUUUGCCAAAGGGGGAGAAUGAAACCCAUUUGCCACGAACAUCGGUGUUCUCAACAAAGGUGAUGGGGCGGGCUGCCUUUGGAAUUCUAGGGCUGCAGAAGCAUUUCUGAAAUAAAAGAAAAAUGGAAUUGCACCGUU